AUGGAGCGGAAUAUCGAUAUCUACGCCAGCAAGUUGGGGGAUGAGAAGCUGGACGUGAAAGUACGAGCAAAUGUCGCAACUGAAUUGCGAGACAGUAUCGAGCCACUAUGCGCGGGCGCAAACUACCCCGUGUUCCUGGCCAAGCUUUGGCCGGUCUUCAAGUCCAUCCUGAAGGGGGACCCUGUCUUCUUCAGCAUGUCUCACGAACAGAAACUCCGGAACUGUAUCCUCGAGACUAUCCACAGGUUACCGAUGGCCCCUCCCGACGUCGAACCUUAUGCUGCGGACAUGGUUGAUCUGUUGAUGGACCUCGCGCGCAUCGAGAAUGAAGACAAUGCUGUCCUGUGCAUGAAAACCAUCAUGGACCUUGAAAGAAAUCAAGCAAAGGCAACCGCGGCCCGGGUACAGCCUUUCUUGGAGCUCAUCCAGGAGAUGUUCCAAACAAUGGAGCAGGUCGUUCGAGACACCUUCGAUACCCCCAACCAAGCGACCCCCUCCGGAAUGCCGUCGACCCCAAAUGCCAGCGCACAGAACUUCCAAUCUCCCCGACCGAGCUCACCUGCCACUUCUGUCUCUGACCUGGGACCUGAACAACAAUCCAGCAAUGCUCUUUUGAAGGGCAUGCAGUCGUUCAAGGUCCUCGCCGAAUGCCCCAUUAUCGUCGUCUCGAUCUUUCAGACCCAUCGCUCGUCGGUUCCACAGAAUGUCAAGCUUUUCGUACCUCUCAUCAAGACGAUUCUGCUUUUGCAGGCCAAGCCACAAGAGAAAGCUCAUGCAGAUGCUGCUGCUCAGGGUACAAUAUUUACCGGAGUUUGCAAGGAGAUCAAGAACAGAGCUGCGUUCGGGGAGUUCAUCACUGCCCAAGUGAAAACUAUGAGUUUCUUGGCAUACCUCCUUCGUCUCUAUGCCCAUCAACUACAGGACUUUCUCCCCACUCUCCCCUCUGUUGUUGUUCGACUUCUGCAAGACUGCCCGCGCGAGAAGUCUGGUGCCCGGAAGGAAUUGCUUGUUGCGAUUAGGCACAUCAUCAACUUCAACUAUCGCAAAAUCUUCCUCGAAAAAAUCGAUGAGCUUCUGGAUGAGCGGACAUUGAUUGGUGACGGUCUCACAGUUUAUGAGACUAUGAGACCAUUGGCAUACAGUAUGCUGGCAGAUCUCAUCCACCAUGUCCGUGAUCACUUGAGCCGAGAUCAGAUCCGCCGGACAGUGGAAGUCUAUACCAAGAAUCUCCAUGAUGAUUUUCCCGGUACCAGUUUCCAGACGAUGAGCGCCAAGUUGCUCUUGAAUAUGGCAGAGAAGAUCUCUAAGCUUGAAGAUAAGCGCGAGGCUCGGUACUUCCUCAUUAUGAUCUUGGAUGCCAUUGGCGAUAAGUUCGCGUCUAUGAACCACCAGUUCAAGAAUGCGGUUAAGGUGUCCAAGUUCUUCAAGGAGUCUCGAAAGGAAACCGAGCCGUCAAGCGAGUCUUAUCUUGCUGAAACGGACCAACCACCUGACUGGGAUGAAAUUGACAUUUUUUCCGCUUCCCCAAUCAAGACCUCUAGCCCCCGUGACCGUGGCAGUGAUCCUGUCUCGGACAACAUCUUCCUUUUUAGAAAUCUCAUCAACGGGCUGAAGAACAUCUUCCACCAGCUGAAGAAUUGCAACCCGGACGAUAUCCAAAUCGACCCGAACAGCGUUCCCAUAAACUGGUCAGAGGUUUCCUAUGGAUACAAUGCGGAAGAGGUUGGUGUCAUCAAGAAGCUCUUCCACGAAGGUGCUCGAGUCUUCCGCUACUAUGGCGUUGACCAAUCUCCUCCGGAAGUUAAUUACUCCUCUCCCUUCGACUUCCUUGCGAGCCAAUACACAGCACCAAUGUCUCGGGAAGAGAAAGAGCUCCUGGAGAGCUUUGGUACCGUUUUCCAUUGCAUCGACACCGCGACAUUCCAUGAGGUCUUCCAUUCCGAAAUUCCCUACCUUCACGAACUCAUGUUUGAACAUGGGGCCCUCCUCCACCUGCCACAAUUCUUCCUGGCAAGCGAGGCGACAUCACCCGCUUUCUCCGGAAUGGUGCUCCAGUACCUCAUGGAGCGUAUCCACGAAGUCGGCACCUCAGACAUGACCAAGGCGAAGAUUCUCCUGAGAAUGUUCAAGCUUUCUUUCAUGGCAGUCACACUCUUCUCUGUACAGAACGAGCAAGUGCUCCACCCACAUGUGACAAAGAUUGUCACAAAGUGUAUUGAAUUGUCUGUGACCGCCGAAGAGCCCAUGAACUAUUUCCUCCUGCUGAGGUCCCUCUUCCGCAGCAUUGGUGGCGGUCGAUUCGAGCUUCUUUACAAGGAAAUUCUUCCUCUCCUCGAAAUGCUUCUUGAGACUUUCAAUAACUUGCUUCUCGCCGCGCGGAAGCCUCAAGAGCGAGAUCUCUAUGUUGAGCUCACGUUGACGGUUCCGGCUCGACUGAGCCAUCUUUUGCCUCAUUUGAGCUACCUCAUGCGUCCUAUAGUCGUGGCUUUGCGUGCUGAUUCUGAUCUCGUUGGCCAAGGUCUGCGCACUCUCGAACUCUGUGUGGACAACCUCACAGCCGACUACCUGGACCCCAUCAUGGCGCCGAUUAUGGAUGAGCUUAUGACCGCUCUUUGGGAUCACCUGCGUCCUCAUCCUUAUAACCACUUCCACGCCCACACUACAAUGCGCAUUCUUGGAAAGCUUGGUGGACGUAACCGGAAAUUCCUGAAUCACCCGCCUGAGUUGAACUUCCAGCAAUACUCUGAUGACACCCCUAGCUUUGAUAUCCGACUAAUUGGUCCUGGCGAGAAGCGACCUUUCCCUAUUGACACCGGCAUUGAUUUGGCCAUCGGUAAAUUGAUGGAAGCCCCCAAAUCGACUUCUGCAAAGGGUUCAGAUGUGUACUACAAGCAGCAGGCAUACCGUAUGCUCAGCUCGCACCUCAAGCUCCAAAUCGGCUUUGAGAACCUUCCCGAUGACUUGGCGUCUCUCAUCAGAAUUCACGCCAAUGAUCUCAUUGAGAACAAGUUCGCGGCUAUGCCCGACAUCCUUGAGAGAUCCGAGAGAACCGCCUCCAUCCCGAAGAAGGUGGCACAGGAAGCUACAGUGAAGAAGCUCAUCAAGGCGUGUAUCUUUGCUACAACGAUCCCUGAGCUUGAGACUACUGCCAAGAGCUUUGUCACUGAUGUCUGCAAACACUUUGCUAUCCUGGAGGUUGGACGUGCUCUUGCUACCGCGCGUCAUAAUCGGAAGGCGUUUGAUGUGGCUAAUGGAGAGGGUCCCGUUUACCUUGACUCGCGGGUCCUUGCCGAAGCUAUAGUUGAAACACUCUCCUCAGACAACGCCCAUGUUCGUGACGCAGCUGAGCAGGCUUUAUUGGUUGUCAAGGAGUCGGCGGGCAUUAUGUUUGGUGCUCCCGAGAAAGCAGCUAAGCUUCCAUUCUUCCAGCAGCUAGGCCGUAUCUUGUGCCAUAGCUGCUACAGCGAGGAGUGGUUCACAAAAGCAGGCGGAAGCUUGGGUAUCCAACUUUUGGCCACCAAGCUCGAACUUGGUGAUUCCUGGCUCUAUGAGCGACACCUCGACUUUUCUCGGGCCCUGAUCUAUGUCAUCAAGGACACCCCUCCUGAUCUUCCUGCCUCCACGCGGAUCCAGUCCCAGGACACUCUGACCUUGAUCCUUCAGCGGUGCGGCAAGCUGGUGCCCAAGGAUGACAUCAAGAAUGAGAAGAGUCGCCUAUAUGCCUUGUGCGGUUUCUUCGUCUUCGAGCUUGGCCAUAUGAACAAACAUGUUCGCGAGACUUGUCGUCGUUGCUUUGCAACUCUCAAGGAGGAAUUGGGCUGCGAGGUGUACGAACUCAUUUUCCCUGUUCGGGACCGUCUCCUCCAGUCAAUCUUCAACAAGCCACUCCGUGCCUUGCCUUUCGCCACCCAGAUUGGCUUCAUCGAUGCUAUCACCUAUUGCUUGAGCUUGCACAAUGAGAUCGUGACAUUCAAUGAGCCCCUCAACCGAUUAAUGCUGGAGUCGCUCGCUCUUGCCGAUGCCGAUGAUGAAUCACUAGCGUCGAAGCCCAACGAGUUCAAGAAUGCCGAAAUGAUCGUCAAUCUUCGUGUUGCCUGCUUGCGUCUGCUGUCGAUGGCAAUGAAUUUUCAGGAAUUUGCCAACACCCCGAACAACACCAGUCGCGCUCGCAUCAUUUCAGUCUUCUUUAAGUCGCUUUACUCUCGUUCACCCGAAGUAAUCGAAGCCGCGAACGCUGGUCUCAAGGAUGUUCUGACCCAGACCAACAAGCUCCCCAAGGACUUGCUCCAAAACGGUCUACGUCCUAUCCUUAUGAACCUCCAGGAUCCCAAGCGCUUGAGCGUCGCUGGUCUGGAUGGACUGGCUAGGCUCUUGACAUUGUUGACCAAUUACUUCAAAGUGGAGAUAGGUGCUCGUCUGUUGGACCACAUGAAGGUCAUCGCCGACGAUAGUGUACUCCAAAAAGUUUCUUUCAGCUUGGUUGAACAGAACCCUGCUAUGAAGAUUGUGGCUGCAAUCUUUAAUAUUUUCCACUUACUUCCUCCCGCCGCCACAUCCUUUAUGGAGCACCUCGUCAACAAGGUUCUUGACCUUGAGCAAAAGCUUCGACGAACUUCGCACAGCCCUUUCCGGAAGCCUCUUGUGAAGUAUCUUAACCGCUAUCCGAAGGAGAGUCUUGCAUUUUUCCUUGCACGCUUCAAAGACGAGCGAUUUGGUCGUUUCUUCGGGCAGAUCCUGGCCGACCCCGAGAGUGAAACCCUGCGGAAUGCUGUAGUAGCCGAUACUGAGGGAUUCAUCUCGAACGCUUUCACACCUGAGAACACUGAUGGCACAAACACCGCCGCCAUCAAUGGUAUCUACGUUGCGUAUUCCAUCUGCUCGUACUCUUCUACCAAGCGCUGGCUCGUUUCUCACGCGGACUUGAGGACCAAACUUUUGACAUCCGGGAGAGAGCUCGAGCGCAAACUCCGGGGCGACAGCCUACCUCCCGAUGAGCGUCUUAGAGUGGAGCAGGCUGAAGAUCAGCUGAUGGACGUUUUCACCGUCUACCUUGCGGAAGCCCCUCACGACUUGGAUUUCCUCUUCGAGGUUAUUGAUGGUCUUUCCGCAGAUGAAUUGAAGCGCACUCUGGCCCUCCCCAAGUUCAUCUAUCAGCACAUCAUUACCAACGAGUCGAUAGAUUACCGACGCUCCGUCAUCAUGCGCUGCCUUGAUCUUUACAGCCAACGGGCUUGCUCUCAGAAGACAAAGACUUAUGCCUUCCGCCAUCUGGUCAACCCGAUCUUUGCGAUGGAUGUCCAGGUCUCGUGGAAUGGCCCAUCCACCGGCCCUAAAUUGAUGGACAAGAGCAUGACCGAAUCUAUCCAAAGUCGUCUGUGGAAACCCCAGCUGGCCGACCUGAGCGAGGAAUCGAGCCAAGCAGGUGUCGACCACUCGCGCAUGGAAUUGCUUCAACUGUCUGCCCUAUUGAUCAAAUACCAUUCGCAGACCGUGCAAGAUUCUCGCAAGGACAUUAUCAAGUUCGCCUGGAAUUACAUCCGUCUCGAAGAUAUUAUCAACAAGUACGGUGCGUACGUGUUGAUCAGUUACUUUAUCGCCCACUACGAGACGCCCUUCAAGAUUGUGAUUCAAGUGUACGUCGCAUUGCUGCGAGCCCACCAGAAUGAAGGCCGAGCUCUCGUCACUCAAGCCCUCGAUGUUCUUGCUCCGGUGCUACCCACGCGCACUGCUGGUAACCAAGGCGCAGAAGCCCGGUAUCCCUUGUGGGCCAAAUGGCCUCGCCGGAUCCUGGCCGAGGAGACCGCCAACUUACAGCAGGUAAUGAGCAUCUUCCAAUUCUUGGUUCGACAGCCUGAUCUCUUCUAUGAUUCUCGCGAGCACUUCAUUCCCCUCAUUGUGCCCUCGCUCAUCAAAAUUGCGGGACCGAUUAAUGCCUCCAACGACAGCAAGAAACUGGCGCUGAAUCUCAUUGGCCUUAUCUGGCACUGGGAGGAGAAGCGAGCCCAGACCACAGAAAGCCACGGAAAUGUGCCUAAUGGAGCUAUCGAAUCGCCCAAUACCAAGAAGCGUAAGCUGGAAGAGGCCGAAGGAGCGUCUCAAUCACCUUCCCUGGGACCUCCUGCCUCUAAAGCCGACUAUUCUGUUCCCCCUGAGCUUCGUGGUGCGUUGAUUAAGUAUCUCAUCACGUUCAUCACCACCACCACAGAGCGCUUCUUGGUUCCUGCUGCCCAUAUCCGCCAAUUGCCCUCGUCCAAGCAGACGCCGCCCGUGCCUACUGGUGAAAUGAUCAACAAAGCCAUCGGUCUACUGAGAAAUCUUCUUUCGCCCGGAUACUGGGGAGACCUCGAUAUUGAUUUGUACCAGAAGGCCACUGAGCCUAUUUUGGCUGGAGAGAAGGCAGAUAAGCCUGAUGACAAGCAGACCACCUUCAUGAUCAAUGCUCUUCAGGUCUUGCGUGUUCUCAUUGCUGCAAAACCAGACGAGUGGAUUACAGCUCGCCUUCCGAUCAUCCAGAAGCUUCUUGAGAAGCCCUUGAAGUCGGACAACCCCGAAAUCCAGGAUUGUUUGCACGGCCUCGAAGAAGACAUGGAAAUUUCGCCGAAGCUGCCCCCUCCUGUUCGCCGUGUUCUUGAGGCUAUUCCCGAUGACCAGCCCGACGAUGAAGACGCUAUGGACACAGAAAGCACGCCUUCAGAGUUCGCGACUUACCUGUCGGCAAUUGCUACCGAGACGCUUUCAGCAAGCAACUACGUGUCCAGUCUGAACACCCUCUGGACGUUGUCCAAACUCAAACCUGCGGAGAUCGACACCCAUAUCCCUGCUGUCAUGAAGGCAUUCUCUCAAAAACUGGCCAAAGAACACGUCGCAGCGUCGACCACCCAAAAUGUCACCCAGAACGGUGGCCAGAACGGCCAGAACGGGCAAACACCAAAGCCUGCUGAGGGAGUCCCCGAUCAACAAGAAGUUGAGCUGGGCGUUGAUCUUAUUUCCAAGACAAUUGAAUUGAUUUCGGUCCGCAUGUCCCACCUCGGCGACCAGCGGCGUCCCUUCCUCAGCGUUCUGGCCUCAAUCGUGGAGCGUUCCCAGAACAUCAAGCUUUGCAGCAAGGUUUUGGGGAUGGCAGAGUCUUGGAUUUUCCACUCAACCGAGUCCUGGCCUACUCUGAAGGAAAAGACAGCAGUCCUUCACAAAAUGCUGCUGUUCGAGUCUCGACCUGAUCAGACAAUGCUCAAGAAGUUCCUCGAUUUGGUUAUUCGCAUCUACGAGGACCAAAAGAUAACUCGUACUGAAUUGACAGUCCGACUAGAGCACGCUUUCUUGAUCGGCACAAGAGCGCAGGAAGUUGAGAUGCGCAAUCGCUUCAUGGGCAUCUUCGAUAAGAGUCUGACUCGACUCGCCAGCUCACGCUUGAGCUAUGUUCUUACUUGCCAGAACUGGGAUACCCUUGCCGAUUCUUUCUGGCUGGCGCAGGCCUCGCAUUUAAUCCUUGGAUGCGUGGACAUGAACACGUCGGCUCGCCUCCAUUCCGACGAUUUUACACUCAUGCCCUUGUCGUUCUUGCUUUCCGGUGGCGAGAAGGAUCCGAGGAAAUCGGAUGUGAUGGUUGACAGCCAGUUGGAGACCUUUGUUGCUGAGCGCAAGCGUUUCAUGUCGGAUGUCGGUGACGUUCGGGUUCGUGACUUGAUCGAACCUCUUAUCCAACUCCAGCACACCGACUCCAGCGUGUCGUAUAAGCUGUGGACCACGCUCUUCCCUAUUUUCUGGUCAACACUAACCAAGGAAGAUCGCAUUGAUCUUGAAAAGGGCAUGGUCACAUUGCUCACGCGCGAGUACCACCAGAGACAGCUGGACAAGCGCCCGAACGUGGUACAAGCCCUUCUGGAGGGAGUUGUCCGGGCCCGUCCUCGCUUCAAGGUCCCUCCUCAUGUCAUGAAAUACCUCAGCCGUACUUACGAUGCCUGGUACACUGCUGCUACCUACCUUGAGGAAAGUGCUGUCAACCCUAUCAUCGACACAUCCACUGUGCGUGAGAGCAACCUUGAUGCACUGGUUGAAGUUUAUGCCGGCCUCCAAGAGGACGAUUUCUUCUACGGAACCUGGCGACGCCGUUGCCGGUUUGUCGAGACUAACGCGGCCCUUUCCUAUGAGCAACAGGGUAUGUGGGAUAAGUCUCAACAACUGUAUGAGAAUGCACAAAUCAAAGCUCGUUCAGGAGCCAUGCCGUUCUCGCAGGGCGAAUACUUUGUGUGGGAAGAUCACUGGCUCAUUUGCGCCCAGAAGCUCCAGCAGUGGGACAUCUUGAGUGACUUCGCCAAACACGAGAACUUGAAUGAUCUACUCUUGGAGUCUGCCUGGCGCAACAUCGAGAACUGGCAGAGCGAAGGCAACAGGGAACAGCUGGAGUCUCUGAUCAAGUCGGUCUCGGAUGCUCCUACACCGAGACGCACCUUCUUCCAGGCAUUCAUGGCUCUUUUGCAGUACCACGUGAAGAAGGAGAACAUGCAGGACUUCAACAGCGUCUGUGAUGAAUCUAUCCAGCUCUCGAUUCGCAAGUGGCUGCAACUGCCGAAGCGAAUUACCAAUGCCCACAUUCCCAUAUUGCAGCACUUCCAACUGUUGGUUGAAUUGCACGAUGCCAGUCACAUCUGUGGCAGCUUGGCCCAGACCAAUGAGCGGAACCUGGAUACCAAAUCAGCGGAACUGAAGCUUCUGCUUGGAACGUGGCGGGAUCGUUUGCCGAACCUUUGGGACGAUAUCAAUACGUGGCAGGACCUUGUUACCUGGCGCCAGCACAUUUUCCAGCUUAUCAACGGCACUUACCUUAGUCUGCUUCCCCCUCAGACCAACAAUGUGGCCAGCAACUCCUACGCCUACCGUGGAUACCACGAGACCGCCUGGAUCAUUAACCGCUUUGCCCACGUGGCACGAAAGCACCAGAUGCCCGAGGUGUGCAUCAAUCAGCUCAGUCGCAUCUACACGCUUCCGAACAUCGAAAUCCAGGAGGCGUUCCUUAAGCUGCGUGAGCAGGCCAAGUGCCACUACCAGAACCCCAAGGAGCUUAACAGUGGUUUGGAUGUAAUCAACAACACCAACCUCAACUACUUUGGCCCUCAACAAAAGGCGGAGUUCUAUACUCUGAAGGGAAUGUUCCUGGCCAAGCUGGACCAUGUCACCGAGGCCAACGAAGCAUUUGGUGUUGCUCUCUACUAUGAUCUGCGUCUCGCAAAGGCCUGGUCUGAGUGGGGACAGUACAGUGACCAGCGUUUCAAGGCAGACUCUUCCGACUACGAACUGGCUAGCAACGCCGUCAGCUGCUACCUGGAAGCUGCUGGUCUUUACAAGAGCGCCAAGUCGCGAAAGCUGCUCAGCCGUAUCUUGUGGCUUCUCAGUUUGGACAAUGAGGAGGGCCAGAUUGCGAAGGCCUUCGAAGACUUCAAGGGUGAUACUCCUGUCUGGUAUUGGAUUACCUUUAUUCCUCAGCUCUUGACUAGCCUAUCCCACCGCGAGGCUCGUCUGUGCAAGGCCGUUCUUGUGAAGAUUGCCAAGUUGUUCCCCCAGGCCCUCUUCUUCCUCCUGCGCACGAACCGGGAGGACAUGCUCAGUAUCAAGAAACAGCAUGAUCAGAAGCAAGAGAAGCUCAACCGUGCCAGACAACAGCAGCAGCAACAGCAGGGAUCUUCGCCUAGUUCGAAGCCUCCCGCAGGAGGCGAAGCAUCUCCAGCCCAGAAGCCCCCGACUAGCGCGCCAGCCCCCAGCGCCUCGCCAGCCGGUCAAAACACCAACUUGCCGACAAGCCAGUCUCCUGCCCCGAACCAGCAGGCGCCCAACCAAUCUCCUGCCCAGCAACAAAACCAGAUGCAAGCCUCACCGCACCAAGGAAAAGCCCAAAGUCCCAGUCAGGGACAAGCUGGUCAAACUCCUGCGCAGCAGAACCAUGGACAGCCUGGUCACCUUCAAGUUCCAGGACAGGGCACCCCUCAACAGCAGAACCAGCCUAACCCUUCGGAAUCAACCGAGAAGGAGCCGCUCAAGAAGCCCUGGGAAUACUCCGAUGAAAUCAUGUCCGGUCUCAAGACCGCUUUCCCGCUGCUUGCUCUGUCUAUGGAGACAAUGGUCGACCAAAUCCACAAGAACUUCAAGUGUCCCCCCGACGAGGAUGCAUACCGUCUUAUUGUUGCCCUUCUGAACGAUGGGCUGGCCUAUGUGGGUCGUAUGCCCCAAUCCUAUGCGCAGGAUACCAAGCUUCCGCCAGCCACUGAGGCCAAUAUCACCCGGUUCGCCGAGACAAUCCUUCCGGCGCAUAUCCGCAAGUCUUUUGAGGCGGACUUCGUAGUCAAGAAGCCUACAAUGUACGAGUACAUUCAGAAGCUGCGUCGCUGGCGUGACAAGUUUGAGGAGAAGCUGGAUCGCCGAACCCAGACCGGAUUCCUUGAGACCUACUCGCCACACCUGAGCGAAUUCCGGUUCCUCAAGUUCGAUGAGGUCGAGAUUCCUGGACAGUAUCUGCUUCACAAGGACAAGAACCAGGACUUUGUCCGCAUUGACCGCUUCUUGCCUGACGUGGACUUGGUUCGUGGCAUUGGUGUCUGCCACCGCCGUCUCAAGAUUCGUGGCCAUGACGGUAGCAUCCAUGCAUUCGCCGUACAGCACCCCGCCGCACGCCACUGCCGUCGCGAGGAGCGCAUCCUGCAGCUGUUCCGUAUCUUCAAUGGUCUGUUGGCCAAGCGGAAGGACAGCCGACGCCGUAACCUCUACUUCCAUCUUCCACUGAUGGUGCCAUUGGCGCCUCACAUUCGCUUGGUUCGCGACGAUUCGUCAUACAUCUCCAUGCAAGGCAUCUACGAGGACUACUGCAGACGGGUUGGUAUCAACAAGGACGAGCCAGUGCUCUUUACCAUGGAUCGCAUGCGUUCUCUGGCAGAGACAAAGCAAAAUCGCACGGCCGAUCAACAGCAGAUUCUUCGGACUGAGAUCCUGACCGCAAUCCAAGAUAAAUGGGUUCCCAGUACUGUGGUACUAGAGUACUUCCAGCAAACCUAUCCCAACUUCGCCGAUUUCUGGCUCUUCCGUCGACAGUUUGCGUACCAGUAUGCCGCAGUUGCGUUCAUGACCUAUGUGAUGCACAUUGGCAACCGCUACCCCAACAAGAUCUUGGUUUCUCGAUCGACGGGUGACAUCUGGGGAGCGGAGCUGAUCCCGACAAUCAAUCCGGCCAAGGCUAUCUUCUACAAUCCAGAGCAGGUUCCCUUCCGCUUCACCCCCAACAUCCAAACUCUGCUGGGCCCCAUUGCUACUGAAGGUCUGUUCGCUUGUGCCAUGAUGGCUAUUGCACGUUGCUUGACGGAGCCUCGUCACGAGCUAGAACAACAGCUUAGUGUUUUCGUGCGUGACGAGAUGAUGUUCUGGGCUACCGCUCAACACCGUGGUCAACUGCUCGUUCCUCAGCUCCGCGAAUUGGUCUACAACAACAGCGAGAUCAUUGUCAAUCGCGCCGUCAGCCUUGCCAGUCCGCCGGAGGGUAACCUGCCUGCCAACCAGACCUCGAUCGAUUUGAUCUCCCGGGCGGUUAACCCUCAACACUUGGCUUCCUGCGAUGCUUUGUGGAUGCCAUAUCUUUGA